ACCGUAGAGCAGUCGCGAACAGAGCAUGUGUUCAGAGUUUCAGGGUUGCACAUGUUUUUAUAAAAGACACACAAAAAAGGUAAACCAUCUUAAGAAAAAGGCGAACCUCGAGAGCUGCUUUGGCUGCUUUUCAAAACCUCUGCCAACAACCGUUUACUCUUCGCGUUGCUUUCUGGGAAUUGUAUUUCGCAAGACCUUUGACCCAGUUCCUGCGCUUGGACAGCCAAGUACUUAUUGUCUUAAAUCUUAGACACUCAAAGGGAGACUGGAAAGGAAUACAAGUACUCGAAAUGGAAAACAUGCAGUGUCAGUUUUCAGAUACAAAUUUGAUAUGACAACUGUACAUGGUGGAGUAAAGAAAACUAGAAGUCCUUCCAACAAAAUGGAUUAAGCUGAAUGAUGAAAUAAAUAAGUUUGAAUAUAUAUACCCCACACUAUUUAAUACUUUUUUUCCUCAAAUGUUAAUAUUUCCUUUUUAAUGUCUAUGCAGUCUUCAAAUUAACAAACAGAAACCAUUUUAAUAUGGUUUGAGUGCCCCCUAUAUAUAAUCAAUUCCUUAUCAAAUUUGAAAGCAUUACGUUUACAAAAAUACGUUUCAUUUAAUAGCUAAAGAGAUGCUUGCAACAUUUUAUAACAAGGUGCACUUAAGUAUAUAUCUGAACUAUUUUUUAGUCCAAGGAUUUAUGGCAACUACAUUCUCCUAUACAUAGUAUAACAGACUUCUAGAAUUUUCUAAGUUUUGCAGGCAAAACCGAGGAAUCAUAAAGGUUGUCACUUGUCUAUUAUUAUAUAUAUUUUUUAUUAAAAAGUAUUUUUUUUAUGAAAAAAAGUUAAAUACUUUAACUUUUUAAAAUGGCCCUGACAGAAGACUCCUCAAAUCAUGAAACAAACGUUUCUCAACAGAAUGAACAAAUCAAUCAGCGCUGGAAGUGGUCUGUGAUAUUUCUUUGUUUUUAUGGCUUCGUAGUUCAGAUUAAACCUGGUGAGAGCUUCAUCACUCCAUUUCUUCUGAGUUUUGAAAAGAACUUUACUAAAGAACAGGUAACCAAUGAGAUUACUCCUGUAUUAUCAUACUCUUACAUGGCAGUUUUGGUUCCAGUUUUUCUGCUCACAGACUUUCUUCGGUACAAACCGGUACUAAUUUUGCAGAGCCUCAGCCAUAUUUCCAUAUGGUUAAUCCUUCUCUUUGGCACUAAUCUUUUAGAAAUGCAGUUCAUGGAGUUCUUCUAUGGAAUUACCAUGGCAGCUCGGGUGGCCUACUCUUCCUACAUCUUUUCACUCGUCACACCUUCAUUGUACCAGCGAGUGGCAAGCUAUUCCCGCUCCUCUGUUUUGAUGGGAGUUUUCACUAGCUCGGUUCUGGGACAGAUGUUUGUGUCCAUUGGAGAAUUCACAUAUAUCAAUCUUAGUAAGAUAUCAUUGGGAUUUGUGGUCUUUUCAUUCCUAUUGGCACUUUUUUUACCCUGGCCUAAGCGAAGCAUGUUCUUCAACAGGAAAGUACUGGAGCAAAAUAUUGCUUUGCCUACUGAAAUAGAGAAGGAAGGUUCCAACAACCUUGUGUCCUCCCCUUCCAGGACAACAGCUUCCUGGAAGAAUUCUACUUUAUUUGAAAUGUUGAAGGAACUUGUGAAUGUAGUUAGAAAACCUCAGUUACGACUGUGGUCAAUUUGGUGGAUCCUAAAUUCAACUGGCUAUUACCUGAUUAUAUAUUAUGUUCAGAUACUUUGGAAUGAAGUGUACCCAGCCAUUGAAAAUAGGAAGGUUUAUAAUGGAGGAGUGGAUGCUGCAUCAACUUUACUAGGUGCCAUCACUUCUUUUGCUGCUGGUUAUGUAAAAAUGCGUUGGUUUCUAUGGUCUGAGCUUGUGAUUGCCAUUAUUACAACCGUCCAGGCCGGCCUCCUGCUGCUCAUGAACACCACAUCCAACAUCUGGGUGUGCUAUAUUGCUUAUGUGCUUUUCCGAGGUUUCUAUCAGUUUCUUGUUCCUAUUGCCAUAUUCCAGAUUGCGUCAUCAUUAUCUAAGGAACUCUGUGCAUUGGUUUUUGGAGUCAACACUUUCCUUAGUACCGUCUUAAAGACAAUCAUGACCAUCAUAGUUGCCGAUAAGAGUGUGCUUGGCCUGGCUGUGCACCCACAGUUUUUUGUUUAUUUUGGCUAUUUCACACUACUGUGCCUGGGCUACUUUGCAGCUGCUGCCUUCACCAUUAUAAAGCAUUUUCGCAGAAAUUCUCCUCCAGAAACUCCAAAUGGGAACAAGACAGACAAACUUUGCAAUGUUGUACCUGACACCCCUGAGGAACAGAAACCGUUGGAUGAGGCUGUCUGAUUUACUAGCACCAAGGCUAUUUAAUAAGGGUGAUGGGUAAUUUCUACAGUUGAAAUAUUUUGUUUUAAAUUGUUAAGGCAAAAAAACAAGUCUUAUGUGGGAAAUUUUAAAAUACGUCAUUGUAAACUCAUUUGAUCAAUUGUCUUUACUAUCCACCAUGGUAGGUACCAUUAUUUAAUGUGGCUGAAUUUGUAGCCAGUGUUUUACUAAAUUAUAUAUUUUUAAAAUAAGUGAAUUAAUGGAUAACCAAUACGUUAAAUCUGAAAAUAUCAAAAUCAUAUUAAAAUUUAAGUAAUGCACUUUGUAUAAAUCAAUAUGUCAAAAUAAUCUAAACAAAGGUGGAAGCACAUUUUAUGUCUAAAAAAUAAAAUUUCAAUAAGAGUCCUGACAGUAUUAUAUUUUGAUACAGGAUGUUUGGAUGUUUUAAUAAGCUAGUGUGUUUCAUGGUACUUGCUGGACAGGAGACAUACAAAUAUGGAGGUUGUAUUCAUUCUAGUCAUACAGCAUAUGCAGUAACAUUGCAGUUUGAAAAAAUUUUAUAGAUCUAGGAGUGGAUCUGAAAUAUGUGUAUUUCUCAUUGUGAUUGAUCUUUGCGGUAUCAGUUAUAAUAUAAAAUGGUAUAAAUUUUUAGGAAACCUAACAGAAUUUAAAUCUAUAGCUCUUCUCUUUCAAGGUUGUUUUAGUUGUUCAAUAGUUUUAUUUAAAAGAAAAUAACUAAGGCAGAAGUGAGCACAUGACAUAUAUCGUACAUAAAAAUAGCAGCCUUAUUAUUCAGUUAGGUUAGUGCAGUGGUUCUUAACCUUGUUGGAGGUACUGAACCCUACCAGUUUCAUAUGCACAUUCACCGAACCCUUCUUUAUUGAAAAAUAAAAUAUGAUUUUUUUCAAAUUCAAGACAUAGGUAUAUGUUUUACUGGUUUACAAAAUGAAUCGUGUAUUAACAUCACUGAGUUCAAAGAACAAAACCAAUAUAAUGCAUGAAUUCACAACAAAUUACAUACCUUUUCACAAGGACAUAACCUUUUUUAAUACUACCACACUGAAAUGAUUUUAAUUUUUAAACUUAUGUAUUCCAAUAAUAAACUUAUUGUAUUAUGCUAUGUUUAUCAUUUUAACACACACCCAUCACCUAAUUUUCACCAGGCUACAAUAAUAAUGAAUAUUUACUGCAAAUCAGUGUGACUUCUGCUGUUGCCUUUGAGAGACCAGUUCAGAAAUGCGUGGCUUCACCUUGGCAGUUGCCACUCUCAUGUCAUUUUCACAACAAAGUCUGUUCCUUUUCUUCGUUUUUAUGACGUUGAUGGGUACAAAACCGAGAGCAGGCAGAGUGGCCUUUUCAUCAAAUCUGGCUCUCUUUAUCUUGAAUUCAGCAAGUGUUGUGUUCUUGUAUUCCCCAUCUCCAUGUAGGUUAAGGAAGUGUUCUUUUAGUUUUGCCGGUACUAGACUAGAAUUGCUUAACUUGGCAUUACAAAUCAUGCAGAUAGGAUGCUGACUCCCAUCACGUUCUGUUAUAUAUGUGAAUCCAUGUUGUACAUAUUCGUCCAACCACUUUCUUUUUUUGUUCGACAUAGUUAGUAUGGAUUAAAAUAUUAAGAAAGAAAUCUCACGACAUACUAUCACUACAGUCACAAGUCGACUACUGAGUGCACCAAAUUCCCUGCAGCACCGAUUGGCCGAACAAUGUAGCGUAAUUACCUACAGCUAAUGAUGACCAAGCAGGGUGUGUCAUACGAAUCAUAUGAGUCGGGUGCAUGUCUUGACCUCCCGGUGCAGAACCCCUGAGACUGACUCACCGAACCCCUAAGGUUCGAUCGAACCCAGGUUAAGAACCACUGGGUUAGUGUUUUUAUCACACAUUACUUAAAGGAACAUUGAAAGGAAACAUUCUUUUGUUGAGGACUUAAUUUUUAAAAGUGUCACAAACUAAAAUAAAUCCAAGAGACUUAAUUUUUACUUUCUGAGAAGUUAUUUUUAAAUUCUCCUUGAUGAUAACUUUCCUUUUAAGUGUUUAUGUACAGAUACACAUUUUCAAUAAUAGUACUGACCAAGGUUUAUAGUCAACAACUAAUAAUGAUAUUAAUAGUGUUACAUUAAAAAAAAAUUUGACAAACUGAAUGUAAUGCCCCUUGCAGAUGCACAUGUUUUGUACUAUUUUUACAAAGAAAACAUAAUCUUCGAUAUAUUCUCUAUGUGCUGGAGCAUCACAGAAGUCAAAAUAGUAAGCUAUAGUGGUGAAAUAGUGAAUACAAAAAAUGCCUUUUCUCUGCCUGUCUUCUAUUACACAUUUUAUAAACAUUCACAAUUUUUUUUCAUAAUUUAUUAGUAUGGGAUUACAAGUUUUAAUUGUAUUCUGUUAUCUGUUCAUUAGUUCAUGUAUUUUAAUAAACUAAGGUACACAAUUAAGUCUUUUCAUAUUGGUUUUAUUAAGUUGAUGAUAAUGUGUUAUUUUCUUUUAUCUGCAACAACAUCAGCUGGUAGUUCUACUGUAUAGGACAGUGUGCAGGUUUUGGACAUCAUCUUCUUUCUCCCAGAUUGUUGGAAAACAGAGUGUUUGAUACAAAUUAAAUUUAAAUGUACUUUUUAAAAUAUAUAUUUUCAAGUUACUUGAUUAAUAGACUGCUGUUAAACAUUUUGUUUAGUAUAAUGCUUCUAUUACUUCUACAGUAUAUAAUACGCAGCAUGCAUGUGUGUGUACAAUAUGUAUGUCCAUAAUACUGUAAAUAUGCACUAGCAAAAUUUAAUUUAAGGUUAAUGUCAUUCUGAAAAGUCACUGGAAGACAACUUACUUUUCAUUUUUGUCUUACUUGUGUGUUUGCCCUUUUGUAAAAGGAGGAUGGAUGGAGCUAACACUUUGUUAUAGUUUAUACAUUUCUCUAAAUCGAAAAGGGUGUUUUAAUUCUUGCACAAGAUAUCUUGGGAUAAUAUACUGGAUUUUCUAAGAGCAUUCACCUUAUUCUUUACUUGACCUUUAAUUCCACUCAUAUUUUAACAUUGCCAAAUUCAGAAGUGUGUCAGGGAGUUUGGGAGUAUAGCUUAAGUACAACAGCUUAAACAUUUCAGGUUAGAUUUGCCUAAUUCCUUACUAAUCAAGAGUUCAAAAAGCACUUUAUGUAUGGCUUGUACACUUUUUUUUCCAGUUGUCUCCUCUGUGCAAUUGUCUUUCAGCUUUGUUUUGUAUUUUUUUUAUUUACUUCAGGCACUGAAAUCUUAAGUGGGGGAAGCACUUUCUUAAAUAUUUAUAUAUUUUCUACAUUAGAUGUCAGUGCUUACUUUUUUGAUUUACUGUAUAUUUACUUACCUACUGUAUAUCCAAUGGUGCAGAUUAAUUCAGAAAUAGGAAAAUUGCAUGUCAUGAAUUCCUGUUGCAACUAAAUACAUGUAAGCUGUACCAUACUGAUAUCUUUUUGAACUGUAAGCUGUUACAGGGCUGUUAUGUGACAACUAGCAUUUCUAAUUACAUUACCCUGGGACUGUAAAUAGUGAUAUUUCUUCAGGUGGUCAUUCUUCCUGAUUGCUCUUUUUAACUCGGAUCAUUUACAUGGGUCGAGGUACAUCUCUUGCUUGUUGCCAGCGGUGUAUUUGUUGCAAAUAGAAGUUGACAUAAAUCAACGGUAGAGGGUGCUGCUUCCAAAAAUACAACUAAAAAGAAAGAAUUAAUUGCACUAUGUGAAAGAUUGCAGUAAGCUAUAGAGCAAUUACACUUGGAAAUGUAUGAGCAGGUACAGACACAGUACCACAAAUGGAUUUUUGGAUACCAUAGUUUGGCCUUAAAAACUAAUCCUUCAAAAUAAUGGCAUUUUGAAAGGAACAAAAUAUAAAACAUUUUCAUGAUGUGUAUUUGAUCAGAUUUUUAUAUUGUUCAUAUUUAGUAAUGUAUUCAUUAAUUACCCAGUAGCUUUGAGAUGCCAAAGAGUUUCUCAAUCAUCAUUGGUUUAAUAGACAUUUUCUGUGUUUACCCAGUUUGGCUGGUUGUCUUUCUUUUAAUGAUGUGUUAAUUUUUCUUUCACUCUGUGACAUUCCAUACAUCCAUCAUUUCAUUCUCAUGUCCAUUCUUUUCAGCCUUGCUUCACUGGCCAUGUCUAAUUACUGUAGAUCAUACUCCUCCUCACACAGUUUCAUAAACUUUGUUCUUUAGAGAGAGAAAGAGAGACUCCUGUCUGAAUAGCAGACAACUGCUGGAAAUAUUUCUGUACAUCUCAUACAAUUGCAGUCACUACUGUACGUACACCUCCAUCUGCAUUUAAGUAGAAGAACUUUCCUGAUUUCCCCAAAAUGACUCCAUUGCUAAUAUCUAAAUUUACAUACACAACAUCAGCUUAAUGCACCCCUGUCAAACACUACCUAUAGUAACUGCAUUUGCUACCUUCAGACUACCCUUCACACCACUACACUUGCUAAUUAGAUGUUCAUUUUUUGCUUUCACCUAAACCUAAAAAAACUUUGGAAAAACAUUGAGUUGAAGCAAAGAAUUGACAAAUACUACUCCGCAAUACAACUGAGGGAGAAGACAGAGCUCCAAUUCCAUUCAUGUGAAAAUGUCAGUUUAGUGGUCUCAGUUUAUUUUUGUAAUUUCUGUUUAAAGCAGUGAAGUACUAUUAGCUCUAUUGAUGCUCUUUGGAAAUGAAGGCCAAGCAAGUAAAGGAAUUAAACAGCAAUUUUAAUAACUUCAUAUCAGUCAGCCUGCAACAUGCACACAUACUUUUUAUAAAAAAGUAUGUGGAUAUUUAUCUGAUAUUUUUAGGUUUAUAAAUAAAGAUCUCAAAAGUAAUUUUCUUUUCCUAAGGUAAAAUGUAUGCAGAUGUGAGAUAAUGCUGUACUAUAGGGCUAUCAGAUUAUAACAAAAUUAGAAUUUGAAUGCUAAGAUUAAAAGUAAGGAAAUAUCUGAAUGUAAUUUAAAAGUUCUAAGUGUUACUACAUGCACGUUUGUAACAGCCUUUGUAUGGUUCUUUAUUACUGUUUUUGCUUUUUUGCUUGUGGUGCGUUACAUGCAGCACUUAUGACUCAUGCACUGAUACUCCUUCCUUUUCUUUGCAAGGAAACUGACAUGAUGAAAGAGAAAAGUGGAACCUAAACACUUCACAUACCUGUAAAUCUUACACGAAACCUUACAAAACUGUUCACAAUUACAUAAACAAGGUUAAGUGCACUUGUUGUUUUAGUGUGUGGUUAAAAAGAAAAAGACUGUUCUUUUACAAUCAAAUGUCAGCAUUUGCCUUCAAGUAAGAAUUUUCUUUACAUAGAUUUGAUAGCUUUUUUUUUUAAUAGUGGUGUUAGUUCUGACAACCGUACACUACUGUCAUGACAAAACUGUGUAAACUGUUUAGGUUUUUCAUUCAUAUUUAAAUAAAAUCCUUUCCUGAUUUUCUAACAUUUUGUUUAUAUAUGCAUUUAAUGUUUAAUUGCUAAGUCUAAUAAAAUUUGUAAAAAUCAGUCUGCUUUUAAUUUUGUUAAGAUUAUAAAAAUUAUUCUAAGGAUGUAAGUGAAAAGUUAGAUCUAUGUUCCACCUGCCUAGACAUCAUUUAAGGAAAUAUUGUUUGGCUAUUAGUGAUACACGAUGAAGGUUUAUACAGUUAUGUAAUAGAAUUCUAUGGAAUUUUUUUGUGUUAAAAAAAUCAGUUAAAGUUAUAUUGCUUCUGUUCCAGUUUGUGAUUUAAAAUGCUGUGCUUAAAACUUAAAGACUUAUCAUCCCAGUGUUUCUUUCAAUCAGAUAUUUUAAUGCAAGCACAUUAUACCACAAUAUGGGUGAAACAAAUGCUCUUCAUUACAUCCAUUCAUUAAUCAUAAGAGACAUUCCUUCCCACUGCUAGAUUUUUUUGUUUUGUAAUUAUUAGUUUUUUCUUUUAAUAGUUACCUUAAAGAAUUCCCUUAAAGUUUGUGAAAAAAUUAUAAAUUAAAUAAAUUGUAUAUAGAGAGCAUUUAAGUGAGUUUAUUUUAUGUUAUUUAAGCACAAGGAUUAUUUUGUCGCAUGGUAUGUUACAUGAUCACUGAAAUAUGAAUUUUGUAUUUUUAGUGAAAACUGUUGUUGUUGAUUUUAGCUAUUCCUGUAUACAAAGGUUAUGAGAAGCUCUUAGUUAUUAGACUAUUUACUUGGUAUUUUUCUACAAUAUGGAAUUUUAAAGGCAUUCUCAAACCUGCUUAAUUCAGUUUAGGAUUGUGGCACCAAAAUACCUCUGAGCAAAAUAUAGUCUAAAUUUUAAAAAAGCAGAAAAUAUGGAAUAACUGAAUUUGCCCAAAACAUAGGGAAGUAGUAGUAUGGUUCAAGGCACAUGGACAUUUAUACCCUCAUUUAUUUAUUGUUUAAUGAUUAGCUUAAAAAAUAUAUUUAUUCACUUUGACAUUAUUUAGUACAUUUUUUUA